AUGGAAAGCUGGUCUGGAAGAGGGCGGCCAGCUGUGCGCGAAGCUCUGGAUCAUGUUUGGGAGAUCAUUGAUCGUGAGCUCCAAGAUGAACUCGGGCGAAGGGCAGCUUUAGAUGCUGCUGCAAGGAAUGAGCUGCUAAAGAGCAAGCUCGCCAUCAUUGAAACUCUGGAAGCUGAAAACAAGAAGUUGCGAGCUCAGCUGGCAGCCAUGUCCUCAAACUCAAGUCCUGUUCCAGCCAAUCCGAGCAAUUCAGCCGAGAGUGAUGACACAGCAGCUGGGUCGAAGACUCCAACUGCGAGUAUGACCACUACUCUACCAGCUCCCAUCUCUUCAGCAGCUAUAACGUCUCCCCCAAGCUCCACAGGAUCAGAAGGUAACGAGCUCGUAAAGUUCAAAAUGAGAUUCAAUGCCCUUUCAGACAACUUCAAGCAAGCUGUGGAGCUUAUUCGGAAGAGAAAAGGCGAGCGCGAUGUGUGGAUGGAACGAGCAAAGAAGUUGGAAAAUCUUGCUCGAGUAGCUGAAGAGAAGCAUGGAAUACGAAUUCUUGAGGAACCAGAUGUUAAUAACUCUGGUGGAUCACGCCACACACAUCUCAGUUCAGACAACCAAACUGCUGCUCUUGAAGCCAUGCCACCGCCUGCUACUCGGAUAAUUCCUGAUAGUCAGUCAAUUACCGAUGUGGAAGAUGCGCAGCUACAAUCUACUCAAGGAGAUCCUGAUGAAGCAGAGACUGAAGAUCUACCGCCUCUACCAGCACCUAGCGACGAUCAGGAUCCAGUAGAUAUCAAACAGGAACCAUCUUCCGAUCUUCCGGUGGUGGUGUCAGAAAGAUCGUUGAAGCGGAGAAGAGUUGAAGACGACACAUGCACAAUUGCCACAGUCCCAAGAAUUAAGGCUGAGCCAAAUAAUUCUAGCCCGAUUACUGCAUCUGAACACUAUCAGUUUAACAUCCAGGAGAGCAUUGAUCUUGACGAUAUAGCGCAGAGGAUAACCACCCCACGAAAACGCAAAGAUCUGGACGCUUCGAAUGCCGAGCAGGAAAAAGAAGAGCCGAGAUUAGCUCCUCACACAACUCCAAAGUCUGGCUACGUAUGGGCAGAUGGGCUGCGAUACUCAGCCAAGAAUCCCCACAGGCCGCCUGUGCUUACUCCCAUCAGUGGUAAUAAGAGAGUGUCGAAAAGCAUUGUUGAUGAUAAUACCCCCCUACCUGUGAAAGAUGGAUUAGCCCACGGCAUUGCAGCAUUGGCGGAAGAUGACACUCCUUAUGGAAAGCAUAGAUUUGAAAAGGGUUCAAAAGCUUUGCCUACGCCCAACACAGCUACUAAGGGUCGGCUGGAUUCGCUGUUGAACACCCCAACUUCGGAGAAUAUAUCAGCCAUUACUCGAACUCCGCAAAAUCGCCAGCCAGGUAUUGCUUCAGCUGAAGACACGCCUCUUAGCCUCAUGUUCCCCGAGCCUAGAGCCCUGCCCUUUGACAAGACUCUGCGACAGACCAAGAAGCGUGGCAGUUUGAAUUCGGAAUUCACAACACCUUUGAACAAAUUGGAUAAGAAAGGUCCUGCUCGAGAUAAGUCUCCUAGCAAAAGACCGACAUCAGGUCUCCGUCAUAAGCCUCUGGCCGAUCUUCGACUCGAUGACUUCAAGGUCAAUCCCUUGUCAAACGAUGGCCAAGACUAUGCUUAUUCGGAAGUCGUCAGAGACAAGGAUGAGAGGGCAGGCCUUCGAGGAUGUACAGAUAUGCACUGCUGCGGGAAGCAUUUUCGAGAACUGGCUCUAUCAUAUCGGCCAGAUCCACCGUUGACAGCAGCACAGCGACAAGAAGAGCAGAAGCUACUAGAGAAUUACAUGGGCGAACGUUCAUACCGACUAGCAUCCAUGACCAAGGCUGAAAGAGACGAAACGUGGAUCGAAGCCAAGACAGAAGAAUUGGCCAACAAAUACGGCAGACAUAGACACCGCUUCGCUCGCAUGCAGUCUCCCCCGGGAUUUUGGAAUGCCGACUUUCCAGAUACACAGCAGCUGGCGGCUGACAGGGAAGAGGCGCAAAAGAGAGAGAAGCGCGCAAUCGCAGAUCGAUAUAGAGAGGCUAUGCGUCCUGGUGGCAUGUGGCUAUUCAGAGACGAAUAG